GUGUAUGUGUGUAAAAUUUUCGCUCAAAGGAGGGAAGCUUAGCGUGUGUAGGUGUGUGAUCGGUGUGUGAUCAGAGUGAAUCGCAAGCCCAUUCGGGAGGAUUAAAUGUGAACGCGCGCGAAACCCUUGCGCUGAAACCGGUUCCGGAAAACGAAUGCUCGUGGCCCAUUGGUGGCACCCACAACGAGCCACUGUGAACGAAUCCAUUCCCUCGGCUGUGUGCUAACGAGCCCGUAUACGGAGACUGCACGAUGACUAAUCUCGUUAAUACCAACCUGGGAUUUAUUGUCUUUGGAUUAAUUUUUGCUUCAUUCUACGGCAGUGCAACGCGGAUAUUCGAUAUUGAAAACAUCCCGGUCGUUAAAUACGUGGCUGUGGCCGGACGAAACGUUACCAUCAGCUGUCCAGGAGUGAACGAGCACUCACUAAUCGAUACGCUCAUUUGGAAAACCACACAAACCGUGGCGGAGUACGUUAAUGGGUUGCCUCUAGUAAACAAUCCGAGGAUUACACUUCUGCCGGACAACUUCAGCUUACACAUCAGUCCGACCAGCUCGGCCGAUACGGCGGAGUACACCUGUUUGUUCAACGACCGCCACAGUCCGGAAGCGAUUGCGGAUCUGCUAGUGCAAGAUGUGCCGGAUCCGCCAGGUAGACCGCUGGUCGUAAGCUUCACGUCACGUUCCGUCGAUUUAUCCUGGGCCCACUCGCAGGACGCACGGAACGCACCGGUAACGAAUUUCAUCAUCGAAACAAGGGUCGGCGAAAAUGGAGACUGGAAUCAGGUACCACCGAUCUAUACCAAGUCAAAUUUGGCCUCGUAUCAGGUGACGGAUCUGCUGCCGUUCACCGUGUACAGCUUUCGUAUCAUCGCCGUCAAUGAGCUGGGGCACAGUGCGCCCUCAAAGGAGUCGUACUACUUCGUUACGCUACGGGAAGCCCCAACCGGUAAACCCGUAACGACGAUAGCGCACAACACAUCCGCCACCUCGGUGUACAUCUCGUGGAAGCCGCCACCGCCGGACACGAUUUUGGGCGAGUUUCUUGGCUACCGCAUAACGUACCGUACGCGGGACCGGCACGCCGAGGACGUGAAGGAGAUUUACAUUCGCGACAGCACCGUCGAGAGCCACGAGAUACACAAUCUGGAAACGUAUACACAGUAUCUGGUGUCGAUACAGGUGUUUAAUCCCGAAGGAUUAGGCCCACCGACGACCGUGCUGGUGAUGACCGACGAAGGUGUGCCGACCAAACCGCGAAACCUGAGCGUGCUGGAAAUAACGUCAACGACGAUCCGUAUCAGCUGGCUGGAGCCGGAAAAACGGAAUGGUGUCAUUCACGGCUAUCGGGUGUAUUACGUCUACCAGAACCAAACGCUGCUCCAUUUGCCAAUCCUGAAGAAUGACGCGGCCCAAAACUCCGUCUUUUACUACACGCUGACAAACCUGAAGCCCUACACGGAUUAUCGGAUCAUUGUGACAGCGUUUACGCUUAAGUACGAUGGUGAACCGUCGGAGGUAUCGCUGCGGACCGACGUUGGUGGGCCGAGCCCGCCGAAGGUGGUGAACCUGACCUGCCAUUCGCUCGACUCGCUGUUCUUUAGCUGGCGAAUACCACGCGUCUACCACUCGUCGAUCGAUUUCUACAUCGUUAACUACCGCAAUCUCGAAUACGAAGAUACGCACGAGAGACGCAUCUCGGCCAACGCGUCCAUCGUCGAAACGUCGAUGGUUAUACACAAUCUGACGACGAACAGUGCGUACGAGGUGAAGGUCCGUGCGGCGACCGUAAGCACGGUGAAUCCAAAAAAGGUGGUCCUUGGCACCUAUUGUGAACCGAUAAAGAUAACGCUGCGUGCGAAUUGUGAGCAGUAUCAACCGCCACCACUCAGGCACAAUCCGUACGUCGAUCAGGAGCUCGUCAUUUUAGCCGGCAUUGUGAUCGGGUGCUUUGGGUUGCUGCUAAUCAUUCUGGCGAUAGUGCUGUGGAGGAAAUGUUUCCACGCGUCGUACGAUGCUGGCGGCCAGAGGCCAUCGGAGCGGAACGACCACAAACCGGUACAAUCGAAUGGUUGGAAAACGUCCUGCGAUUCAAACGGCAUCGUGCAAACUUCAAUUCCCUCGGAGGAGUACAUCAAUGGACAGCAGCAAGCGAUGAUCGAUCGAUUCCAUCGCUAGGCAUCACUGCUGGGAUGACUGAUUAAUGUAGCUCACAGACAGACAGGCAGCCGGUCUAGUGCGUACGUCCGGUGGUUGGUAUGCCAACGUACCGAACACCUGGCUGUUAUGGAUGGAAUGUACCUGACUAGGAUAAUUUAACGUAAGUCGCUAUAGGAAAAGGGCAGAUUUAGUGAAACAUCGAAACCCGGCAACCCUGACGGUUGUUACGCAUGUGACAGAGCAGUUGAAUUGCAGCAGCGCAUUCCUUGCAGCGUAUUGGACGUGUUUCAACUUUUCAUUAUGGUUCUGUUUUUAUCGUUACUAUCGAUGUGGAUAGCGCUCCAAGCAACGUUUUAUCAUACCGAAAAGAAAAUUUCUGUAGUUAAAUGAUCAUCGGUUCAUCGCGGAGUAUUGUGAAAUGCUUCGAUCAAAAAUCCUUCGUGUCUAAUAUCAUCCCUUUCGCAUUUCUUUCUUUCUCAUUUUAAACCCUUUUUUCCACCAAACAUGUAAAUGUGAGGCUCAGCUUAUCGGUUUAAAACAAUCACCGUGUGUGAAGGGUGGUGAAAACGUGCGCUAGUGACAGGGUGGAAGUUGAAAGCAAACAUCAUUUUUGCUGGCGCUUUGCGUAGCUGUUAGAAUAAUUAAUCGUGCGCGUAUCAGAAACAUUGUGGCGGUGGAAAAAAAAUCCCACAAAAAAAUAGCUGUACGAACGUUACCGUUUGAACGCCUGUUGUACAUAAACAUUCUAUUACUAUUUGCUAGCGAGAUUAAGACGAACCAAACUGAAAUGGAUGAAUAGAGCUAAUAAAUUGAAGGAAAAGAAAAACAAAGCGAUGAAAUAAAUGACUGUGA